CUUCCAUCUAGGACUCUAGGACUUAAGUCCUAGACAGAAACAGUCGAAGAUAUAAGGCCACAAAGGUCCUUCGGCUGCAAGGAGAGAAAUAAGAACAAUCAAUUGUUAACUGCACUCAGCAUCCCUGCGUGAUCCAACAACAUCUCAUCAUGACAGAUCGAAUUUCCCAUAACGGAAACAAUGCCACCAAGGAUAAUGCUGAUCGGGAACUUUUGCAAUCGCCAUUAUUACCAAACUAUCCAAAGUUUGAGUGGGAUUUCGGGAUGCAAGGCUGAGGGCCUCAACCAUCAGUCGUAAAAGUGCACGGGCUUUCGCCGACCACCACUGCUUGUUUUUUUGAACUGUUUUAUUUUAAUUCGAUCAAGUGCCUAUCCAGCGACGGAUACAAGAUCCAUUCUGCGUAAGGUCAUUAAGAUCACGUCCAGAGAUAAACAUGAUUUUACCGUAAGCAGCUGCCAUGAAAAAAUGUCCUGAUAUGCCGACGGCUGUUAUCGUUAGUACUGAUGUCAUAAGCACAUCUGCCGAAAAUGAAACUUACUUCAACGCCGGACCCGAGAUAAUUAUGCAGCUGGGCGAUCGACCGAGCAGUCUGACGCAGUAUGAGGAGAUAUGGUUUCAUGUAGGGCUGGGCAGAUUUUGACGAGACUCAAAAUAUGUCGUUGAUAGACCGGGAUUGGUGAUGCUUCAAAAUCCAAAACCCUAAAAUGAAUAGUCUUGCCGAUCAAUGUUACUCUUCAGGCACAACAGCUGGUAGCGUUGAGAAAGGUCUGUAUAUCGAUCGCUACUAUAUUGGACUAUUUAGAGUUAAUAAUCCAUACUGUUUCGUAAUAAUCGGAAAAUUAGCCUUGGCAGAAUCUGUUUGAGUCUUCUUGACUCAUUUAACGGAAGAACUAGAG